AGUGGUAGAGACAGAGACAGAGGAGGAUACGCGUCUACACAAACGCACACGGACACUACCAGCUUGCGACAACUUAUUGCCCCGUCACAUUGCUGUCCAGUUGUGUUUUUCUCUCUGCGACUCUCAUGUCAAUGGACAGCAGUGAGAUCACCUGCGGCGGCAGCGAUGAUGGUCAUGAGAUGAACCCUUUUGCAUCUUUCGCAUUUGGGGGCGGGGCAAGCGAACCACCAACACUAGCCGCUCGGCCUCCCGGGGCUAAGAGGAAGAAGAAUACUGACUGUGUGGCAACACCGACAACCGUCGCUCGGACGGGCGAAAAGCCGGAGAAGAAGAAGGGUUGCAAGGCCGAGAAUGUCGGCGAGUUGAGCCCGGAGGAGCUGAGAGUGUUCCGGAAGCGUUGGCGCGGCAUGGCCGACAGGGGCGCCUGCGUGGAGGACCAGCGGUUUCAGGUGCUGGUGGGCGCUGUUCUGUCCAGCCGGGCGCAAGUUUCAGUCGUUGACGAGGGUCUGUCGCGACUUCGAGCGCGGAGCGGGGGGCUGACGGCGGCGGAGAUGGCGGAAGUAGGGCAGGACGACCUUGCAGACGUUCUGCGCCACGUACAUUGGAACAAGGCGAAGGCGAAACACAUCCGAGAGUCGGCCAGCAUCAUCGUGCGGCGUCACCGCGGCGUGGUCCCUAGGCGCAGGGCGGAGCUGCUGGCCCUCCCGGGCGUCGGUCCCGCCCUCGUGGAAAUCCUGCUCAACGUUUUCGAUUCCUGGGACAAGGACGACAAGACAGAGAGCGGGCGCCAGCUUGUGGACUUGACCGGCGGUGUUGACGGGGACAGCACCGACAGAGACGGGGGUGACGACAAAGGACCAAGCCACGGCGAGAGGAUCAAGGACGAGGAACCAACAACACAGCGCAAGAGGAUCGAGGAUCAAGACGGAGAGGACGGCAAGCAGGGGGCAGAUCAAGGCGUCACCGGGCCCGAGCCUGUGAAAAACGACAUUGCGCUAGUAGACGAAGACGCCCCUCUCACGGAACGGAGAAAAAAGGAAGCUCUAGAGAACAAGGAUGACACUGAUGUCUGA